CCGUCACUAUCUGAAACCCGUGCAACCCGACUCUUAAGUCUCGCGGAAGACAUGCAAAUAUGAGCUGAAACUUUACACACGGAAAAAAGAGCUUUAAGGAUUCAAUAGUUACGGGUUUUUUUGUUCGUGUGUUUGAAGUCGAGUGUGCCCCUAAGGUAAAACACACGAACUCAAGGCAAAAAUGACGCUCGACGCAGCGGAAUGCGCGACUUUGUGUAACUUUAUUUCCAGCUUGCGCCCUUCAGAUGUUGACACAUCGACGUCGUAAGGCUUCACGACUUCCUAUAGAGUCGCGGUCGAUUGUGACCCGGCUGUGGGGUUGUAAUAGUGAGCAGUGUGCAGCCGUGUGCAUGCCAGAGAGUCGACUUUGCUCUGGGUUGGAUCGGUUUUCUGCGUCACUCAGCCCUGUCACCCGAACCUGAAGACAUAAACACGGACAGAAGGCAAGGCGACACUGCGGCGUUAAACACAACUCUUGCCUGAGGGAUGACAAACCACUUAGCUGUUUACAGCAUAACUAGUUUGGAGAAGAGGAGAACAGGCAAGGGAGGAAGUGCAAUUCGUGUUCUCUUCCCUCUUCUGUGUGACAUCUGCAUACUAAGGCGCUCUGACGAAGGCAGUCAGACUUGUAGAGCGGUGGUUUUUUUUUUUUUUUCUUUUUUCUGAUGACUGAUGAGCAUUUCUGCACACCCUUUCGUAAUUUUGCAAUCUCAUCAUGAGCCUCUCUCCUCAUCAGAGAGGGAACGUCAGUAAUCUGGGCAAACAGAAUAUCGAAAGCAUUGAGGAACUGGCGCAGCAUUCAGGCGAGGGCUUUUACAACGCCGGGGGUGCGGCGUUGGAGCAAGCGAACAGCGGUGCCGGAGGAGGGACUGACCCCAGUUUUGAUCUCCAAAACUCAGCUAUUUUUAAAUCUGAGAAAGGCUACCAACUAUGGGGUCAUUUUCAGCAGUCUGGUCCAGUGAAAUGGGUGUCUCAAGAGCCAGUGCAUUCCUCCACUUGGUUUCCAGGCCUACCGAAUUCAACUAAACUGCCCCAAAACUUUGGACCUUCUCUCUGUGGAAUGGAGGAUGCACGAGGACACCAAGCUUUACCCAAGACCAAUCAUGACAUGGAUAACUUGCAGCAAGAGAAAAUGUCUGCAGGUUCCUCCGUGACCUACUCCGAACCAAUGCAAGCUCUGGCACCAGGAAUGGAAUGGGACUCUCAUACCAUGACAGCCAUGCAUCAUUCCCAGUUCCAGUCUCAUCAGCAGGGCCAAAAACCAGGCGACCCACAGUUCCAGCCUCACACCAUGCGCCACUCCAUGCCCGACUCUACUCUACAGCCCUUUCAGGUGGCGUUUGGACCUAAUAAGCAACUUCAGACCUCAGGUUUCUAUCGAGCUUUCCAAGGAAACAGUGCACCACAGAAUCUGGGUUACAGCGAACCACCAAAAUCGCAGCAGCAGCAGCAGCAACUCUUGCAGUUACAACAGCAACAGCAGCAGAUGCAGCACAUGUUGCAACAGCAACAACAACAACAACAACAACAACAGCGAAUGCUCCAAAUUCAACAGCAGUACCACCAUCAGCAGAAGAUCCAGGAACAGCUGCAGCAGAUGCAGCAACAGCAGCAUCACCUGCACCAACUGCAAAACAUGCUGCAACCAGAAUCAUGUUCUUCGCAACCACUUCAGCAAGACCAGCAGCUGGCCAGACCAGCACCGCAACCGGACAACAGUCAGGUCAAAGCAGGUUCUUGUACGGUGCCUCAUCAAAGACAGAAUCCAAGUCCACAGUCACCAAUGAACAAAGAUCCAGCGCUUGGUCAAGCACUUCAAGAGACACAAGAAACCGAAGGCAAAACUGAGGCUCUCCCUCGGCGCUCCAGAAGGCUCUCAAAGGACGGCAUCUCCCCUCCAGGCAACCCACCAGCGAAGGAACCGGCUCGCAACGGAGGCAUCGCUGGUGUUCCCGGACCCUUGGUAGGGGUCAUCCACAGCACUCAGAGACGGAGGAGGACGUCCAAAGAGAUCAACCUCGAGACUCUGGCUCAGAAGGCUUCGGAGAUGGAGUUUUUACCCGCAAAGCGUGAGGAGAGUACAGCUAGCAGACAGACCGGGAUGCCUCCUCUAGUGAUCCCUGUGUCUGUACCUGUGAGGAGGAAUCAGGUCCAGAUGGAGCAGACGGGCGGCUGGACGCGUGAGCAGAGGCUUCCUCCAGAAAGUACUCAACCGUCCGAGCACAAACCCUCCGUUAUCGUGACACGCCGACGCUCCUUACGAGCCUCUGACAGUUUCAACCAGGAGGACGCCAUGGAGGAUGGAAGAUCCCCGGACAAGAUGAAGCGCCGGCCGCGACCCGAGCCCCUGGUCAUCCCUCCUCCCAGACCGUGCACGUUCAUCGCUCCGUCCAUCUACUCCAGCAUCUCGCCCUUCCCGAGCCACCUGCGCUCCCCUGUACGCCUCCUGGACAACCCUCUAACCCUGCCACCCUACACUCCUCCACCCAUCCUGUCUCCAGUGCGCGAGGGCUCUGGACUUUACUUCUCCACCUUCCUAUCCUCGAUAGCAGCAGGAAAUCAGGGCUUGCCUCCACCACCAACUCCUAAAACUGCCUCCAGGAGCCUCCUGCGCUCAAGCAGUUCUGAUAUCACUCCUCCGAUGCUCCCUCUGAUCGGAGAGGCCACGCCCGUCAGCUUAGAACCGCGAAUAAACAUCGGCCCUAAGUACCAGGCAGAGAUCCCCGAGCUCCAGGAAGAGUCACUGGUGGAACAGGAUCAGCACAAAGCUACGCUGGUGUGGCUCCCACUGCCACAGGUGGAAUCUUCACCUUCCCAAAAUGAGACAGUGGAUAAUCUGAUGAACCUGGCCUGCUCCAGUGUGCUGUGUGGAGGAGGAACCAACGUGGAGCUCAUGCACCACUGUCUUCACGAGAACGGAGGUGACGUCAUGAAAACUCUGGAAGUGUUGUUGCUGAAGAAACCUAUUUUCCCCAAAGAUCAUCACCUCACUAACUACCACUAUGCAGGGUCCGACUGCUGGACUGUGGAUGAAAAGCAUUACUUCAACAAAGGGAUCUCUGCUUACAGGAAGGACUUCUUAUUGGUGCAGAAAUUGGUGCAGACUAAAACAGUGGCACAGUGUGUGGAAUUUUAUUACACCUAUAAGAAACAGGUGAAAGUCGGACGCAGCGGGAUCCCGAUCUACGGCCCUCUUGAACCAGAAGAGCGCGUACCUGAGAUCCCACAAAUCAAACAAGAACAGCCGGAAGCGGGAGACGAGAGCAAACGCAAGGCGGAGCACGAAGACGGCGGCACCGAUCACCUCCGGAACGUGACCAAGGCUCUUCAGGUCAGCAAGAGCGAAGGGAAAGUCUUAGUGCUGAGCAACCCCAAAGUGGUCUCUUUGAAUGAGGUAACCGCACUGAGGCAGGAAACACGGACUCCGCCUUUCUUCGCCCCAAAACCACGCGAGAGUGCAGCCAGGAGAAGUGCACCAGCGAGUGCCCCAAAGAGUCAAGGAGAACCUGAGGGCAUAUUUCCAUGCAAGAAGUGCAGCAGGGUGUUCUACAAAGUGAAGAGCCGCAGCGCGCACAUGAAGAGCCACGCCGAACAGGAGAAGAAAGCUGCGGCUCAGAGACAGAGAGAGGAAGAGGAGCGUCUGGCGGCAUUGGCCAGGCUCAAGCAAGAGCAGGCAGAGAGGUUCGAGGAUGACAGCGAUGAAGACGAGGAGUACGUGAUCGAGACGGACAACGACAGAGACGAUGACUGGCGAUGAGUUUUGUUUUUUUGGGUUUUAUUUAGCCGAAUCUAUUCCAAAUCCAAUGAACUUUUUAUUAAUAUAACCAAAGGGAUGGCGUGAAUGUGAUAUGACUUUUUCUUGUUGCUGUAACAACAUGACAGAUGUCUUUAACAAAUGUCUGAAUGUAGAUUUAAACACAGACUACAUGACCUCCGCUCACUGUUUUCUCAUUUCCCUAAAAAAAGUAUGUAGCAAGGUUUUUAAAGCAGCUUUUGUAAUAACUUGGGGAAUGUUUUCGAUGAAAUUCACAUCUGUUGUGUUAAAUAAUAAUGGUUUAUUUUUACUUUGUAUAUAUAUAUUAAAAAAAAGGACUAUUCUGGCUUAAAGACAAAGAAAUUCUAAUCAAAGGAAAUUGUAUUUUGUACAAUUGUAUUAUCAGCUCAAGGACACACUAUUAUUUAGAUCUUUAUUCCAUGAAAAUAAGGGUAAUUUUUUCAAAAAAAUUGGAUGUAUUUUGUACAUGAAACGUCGAAAUAGAAAAUAUACGUGGAGUUCUCUUUGUAUUUUCUUAUCGAUAUUUAUACAGAGUAUAAAACAAAAUAUCUUUUGGUGUCGAAGAUUUUAGCGGCUGUUAAAUGAAACGUUUCAUGCACUAAAUGAUACGCCAUCCGUCUGUCCUUCAGGUACAGUGACUGUUGUUCUGUCUUUGUUAGAAACGUCACCAAGCCUUAAGGAGGGAAAUUUUCAGAAAAGGUUAAAUAAAUGCUUUUGAAGAAAAAAAAAAAACAAUAAAGGGUUAUAUUGUGUAAUGUGA